AUGGAAGACAAACCCGCUGACGCACUUUCUACCACUCCUACGGCGUCUCCCCCACACUCUCAAAAUAUGACUCCCGAUGUUUCCCCGCGCGUCCCGUCACACCCCGUCAGUCCCCAAAUCUCAACUCCAACUCAACUUAAAGUCGACCCGAAGAUAUCGACUCCCACCUUAACUCCUGAAAUCAAAGAAGUCACUAAACCUAUGAAGAGUCCAACUAACAUCACUUCACCUAAGUCUCCAAAGUCCCCUAAACCACUUUCCCCAAUGAAUGUAUCACCAAAGGAGAUGUCUAAUGUCAAACUACCAAAUUGGUCGAUCGUUUGGGCUAAACAAAAGGGAUACCCAUGGUGGCCGGCUAAGUUAGUCUUAGUCGACUCAUUGCCGGAAGACCAAAAGAAACCAUUAGCCAAAAUAAUCGAAGCUAAAAGAGACCAAUCCGUAUUGGUCCGGUACUUUGCCGAUGGCUAUCAAUUCGGGUGGGUCAAUGCAAAUAACAUUAAACCGUUUGGCGAAAAUUUCAUGGAGACGGUCACUGAGAAGAUGUUGGGGAAUCGUAAUGUCGUCGACGCGAUUGAUCAAGCAAUGGAGAUCGAAAAGAUCCCAGACGGCGAUCUCUCUGUCUACAAAACAGCGGCGAGCGCAGCGAAAAAGCAAAUGGAAGAGGAAGAACGAAAGCGCGAGGCGAUGAUCCACUGCGACAUCGGCUAUUUUGUCGGCGACGUUUCCAUUCAAGGAUUCAAACUCGAAGGAACACCUCUUGACAAGAAAUUACAAGACGCUCAAUACACUAGAUUGGUCGGGUGGAAGAGUCUUACUCGCACCGAACUUGUUCAACUUCUUCGCGAGAUGAUGUUGACUGCUGUGAAUAUAGUUGAUGUUAUGGACCAGAAUUGGAAGGUCGGAAAUGCAUUAUAUGAAUUAGAAAAGGAGAACGAUGUUGAAGUAUCAACUUUAGCGGGAAUGACUCUUAAACACUUCAAAGAGGAGACUAAGAGAGCGAUUGAGUCGGGGGAGUAUGCCAGAUGUAUCGAAUUUUAUAAUUGA